UUUUAAAUAAGCGGAUCCGGUUGACGACAACUUAAUGAUGAACGCUGACACUUCCGGAGCGGACUUUCCCAUGUACGGGUGAUGGCAACGCGUCUGCAGUCAUAUGACAGUAACUCCAGUGACCCCGAAAACUGCGAACGGAAAGCGGCAAGCCGACCUCGCAAACUGUGUAAGCAUUCGAGCAGUCAAACUCGCGCAUCUCGAGUGGAGGCCCAACAGAGGAAGAUGAGCCUGCAUGGUGCCAGCGGGGGCUGCGACCGCUCAUGUGACCGCCGCCGCUCCAGCGAUCCCUCCAGGGAUUCCUCGCAUGAGAGAGAGGGGCAGCUCACACCCUGCAUUCGCAACCUCACCUCGCCCACCCGCCAACACAGCAGUGAGCGCGACCGUGAUGGCGGGCCGUCGUCGAGGCCCGGCAGCCCUCGGCCACAGAGGGUUUCUCCCAGUGGCUCCAGCAGCAGCGGCGUGGUCAGCAGCCGCAACAGCAGCUUGUCCAGCAGCGAGGGAACCUUCAAAAGUUUGGGAGUGGGAGAAAUGGUGUUUGUGUACGAGAAUCCCAAGGAGGGCGCGGCCGGUGCCACCGUUUGCAACCGGAACAUCCGCACGUCUGAGAGAGUUACGCUGAUAGUUGACAACACACGCUUCGUGGUCGACCCCUCCAUCUUCACUGCACAGCCCAAUACCAUGCUGGGCAGAAUGUUUGGAUCGGGACGAGAGCACAAUUUUACACGGCCCAAUGAGAAGGGAGAGUUCGAGGUGGCCGAAGGAAUCAGCUCAACGGUUUUCCGAGCAAUUCUGGAUUACUACAAAUCGGGGCUAAUCCGUUGUCCUGAUGGAAUCUCCAUUCCUGAAUUGCGGGAGGCGUGUGACUAUCUAUGCAUCUCUUUUGACUGCAGCACCAUCAAAUGCAGAGACCUCAGUGCCCUGAUGCACGAGCUGUCCAACGACGGCGCCCGGCGACAGUUUGAGUUCUACCUGGAAGAAAUGGUUCUACCUCUGAUGGUGGCGAGUGCCCAGAGCGGCGAGCGUGAGUGCCACAUCGUGGUCCUCACCGAUGACGACGUGGUCGACUGGGAUGAAGAGUACCCGCCACAGAUGGGAGAGGAGUACUCCCAAAUCAUCUACAGCACAAAACUGUACAGAUUCUUCAAGUAUAUCGAGAACAGAGAUGUUGCCAAGUCCGUUUUAAAGGAGAGGGGAUUAAAGAAAAUAAGACUGGGCAUUGAAGGUUACCCCACAUACAAGGAGAAGGUGAAGAAGCGUCCCGGAGGUCGUCCGGAGGUCAUCUACAACUACGUCCAGAGGCCCUUUAUCCGCAUGUCGUGGGAGAAAGAGGAGGGCAAGAGCCGCCACGUGGACUUCCAGUGCGUCAAAUCCAAAUCCAUCACCAACCUGGCGGCGGCGGCGGCCGACAUCCCCCAAGACCAGCUGGUGGUCCUGCACCCGGGCCCCCAGGUGGAUGAGCUGGACAUCCUGCCCAACCACCCGCCCGGAGCCAACUCCUACAGCAACAACUACAGCAACGAGCCCGACCCCGAGGGACCGCCGCCUGCCGUGUGAGGACCCGUCGGACUCCUCGGGACACCCGCUCCUGUCCCUUUUGUCCGCCUCCCAGCAUGCUGCAGCAUGGAGCGCACCAUAAGGGGGCCCCAUAACCAUAUUGCCUUGACACCUCCUUCGCAGCCUUAGAGAGCCAAGAACCUGGUGGACAGCUUUGAGUUUCUUUUAGUGUUUUUUUUUUUUUUUUUUUUUAACUUGACCAAAGCAAUUUAUUUUUGUGUUUUGCAAUAUAUUCAACAAAUACUUAUUAUUAUUAUUAUUAUUAUUAUUUACAAUGUUGUACCCUCAUUUGUUGGGUUCGACUGAGCACUCUUGUGGUAUCAAUAUUUCCUUUCCCCAAUCAUUUUGUUUGGUUUUGACAUGUUCCCGGCUGGCCUAAUGAAUACAGUGUGCGUUUUACAGAGACGACUUGGUCAUAAGAGGGCAGGGGGGGGUGGGGGGAAUCAUCACUCGUCACCUGACCUCCACGUGUUAACAGUGUAACUGGAUGUGUUCUGUCUUUGGCUGGAUGUGAUAUGUGAUGUGACGCUCCUACCGCAGACUAAACAUUAAAGCAGAGCACACAGGCUGGCACGCUCUCAAUCUUUUAGUGCAAAGCUUGAAGAAAAAAAAAAAUGUUCAAGUGGUUCAAUAAACUAAACAAAAAGCAAAAUUUUUUGGGUUUGUGUGAUUGUCAACUCCAUUGAUGUAUUUUUUUUGUUUUAUAUUUCACCUUUGGUUAUCCAAGUAAGGCAGUUGGGAACAGAUUCACAGUGCAUGUAGUCCAACAAUGGAAACCUGUUGGAGUUUUUAUUUCAUAUCGUUGAUAUGGUGGAGCAAAAAAAGAAUAGUUCAAAUGGUGGUACAAACAAGAAAGUUACUCUUCAAAUCCUUCUUUUAAAAAAAUAAAAUAAAUAAAUAAUGAAUUCUACAACAAAAUUUAUAGAUGAUGAUUCAUUACAACUCAUUACAUCAUGUAUUAAAGUUGAAUAUAAAUAUGGCUAUUUUGGUAUCAAGAUGUUUGUAGCUAAUUAUAGUUCUUGAGAUACAGCAUAUAGUGAGUCACGCAUUAGUUCUCUAUUACUGGACCAUACAAGUAGCACCAAAAUGCCCACUCGUAGUUUUGCCUGACUUGUGGCUGUCCUG